UCCCUGAGCGCCUCCCGCUGUUCCGCGUGUUAGCAUCGAGAUGGCGUCCCGUAAAGAGUCCGGCGCCGCGGCGCCCUCCGUGACGGCUUUCAGCAGCGGCACCCUGGACUCUCCAGUCAAGCAGAUCCAGAUCGAGGGCUUGGUGGUGCUGAAGAUCAUCAAGCACUACCAGGAAGAGGGCCAGGGCAGCGAGGUGGUGCAGGGCGUGCUGCUGGGCCUGGUGGUGGAGGACCGGCUGGAGAUCACCAACUGCUUCCCCUUCCCCCAGCACAACGAGGAAGACACCGACUUCGAUGAAGUCCAGUACCAGAUGGAGAUGAUGCGUUCUCUGCGCCACGUGAACAUCGACCACCUUCACGUGGGCUGGUACCAGUCCACCUACUACGGCUCCUUCGUCAGCCGAGCGCUGCUCGACUCCCAGUUCAGCUACCAGCACGCCAUCGAGGAGUCCGUGGUGCUCAUCUACGACCCCAUAAAGACGGCUCAGGGCUCCCUGUCCCUGAAGGCCUACAGACUCACCCCCAAACUCAUGGAGAUCUGCAAAGAGAAGGACUUCACGCCGGAGGGCUUGAAGAAGGCCAACAUCGGCUUUGAGCACAUGUUCGAAGAGGUGCCGAUUAUCAUCAAGAACUCCCACCUCAUCAACGCGCUCAUGUGGGACCUGGAGGACAAGUCGACGGUCGCCGACAAGCACGAGCUGCUCAACCUGUCGAGCAGCAACCACCUGGAGAAGAGCCUCCAGCUGCUGAUGGACCGGGUGGACGACAUGAGCCAAGACAUCGUCAAGUACAACACGUACAGCCGCAACCAGAGCAAGCAGCAGCAGCAGAAGCACCAGUACGUGCAGCGGCGUCAGCAGGAGAACACGCAGCGUCAGAGUCGAGGAGAGCCUCCGCUGCCGGAGGAGGACACCAGCAAGAUGUUCAAGCCCCCUCAGGCGCCAGCGCGCAUGGACACGCUGCUCAUUGCAGGUCAAAUCAACAACUACUGCCAGAACGUGAAGGAGUUCACCUCUCAGAACCUGGGGAAGCUGUUCAUGGCGGAGGCCCUCCAGGGCCACAACUAGAGAGCUGAGGCCCUCCAGGGCCACAACUAGGGGCCACACGGAGCCUUCAUUUGUUUUCCAAUAAUUAAUUCAUUGUUUUUAUGCCACGCUCCAGCCUGAAAACCUAAAUUGUCUUUGACGAUAAUAAUAAAGCGUUGUCUCCACAUCGUGUGUCUGAUGGUGA